AGUAAUAUCCAAAGUGUUGAUCUGUCUACUUGAUGCCGACAAAUAGCUACAAAAACAACUCGACUCCACGUGGAUAUUGCUUGAUCAUUAAUAAUGAAAAAUUCAAGGGCUUGUCUACCCGGGAGGGAUCGCAGAAAGAUGUAGAGACUCUGCGUCAACUAUUUAAAGAGCUUGGCUAUGAGAUGUGGGACACACAAGCAAACACAAGUAAUUUGACUGCGCAGGUAAUGACAAAUGUUGUGCAAAAGUUUGCUGCUAGUGACAAACACAACAGUGUCGACUCGAGCAUUGUUGCCAUCUUAAGCCAUGGUGGUGCGGAAGACGUGAUAUUUGGAGCAGACGACAAAAAGCUUUCAUUUUCUGGUGACAUUCUUCGUCUAUUCGAAGGACACAAUGCACCGGGUCUAAUGCAGAAACCCAAGUUGUUCAUUCUUCAAGAGUGUCGUGGAGACGGUACGAAUGAAGGAAUUUGCCCAAGCACCCAACCGAGGGAUGUGCAUGGAGGCAAUGAUCAGCCGCAAGAGUGGAUGGAAAAUGUGGUUGCAGACGCACCACCCCCUGUAUUACCCUUACAUAUUCAGCCUGACUCUAGUAAACAACGCAAAACAGAAAAAAAGACAAAACGGAUACCAAACUUGAGUGAUUAUAUAGUAUUUCGUCCAACAACUCCAGGUGUAAUAGCAGUGCGAGACCCAGAUAAAGGUUCUUGGUUCAUCAAUGUUCUGGCUGAGGUGUUUGCGGCAGAAGCAUACUGGAGUAACCUGGAUGACCUUACUCACAAGGUAAACACCAAAAUGUCAGAGAAAGUAGGAAAAGAAGUGGUUAAAAAUGGCAGAAAAGAAUAUCGAAAGCAGAUGGCAGUGUGUGAUGGUUCUCUACAAAAAGACUUUAACUUCAAUCCACCUCCUCUAAUCAAGGUUGUUGGAUGGGGCAUUACAUUGGCGUACUGGCACUGGUCUGGAUUACUGGAUUUAAUUAAGGAUGACUUAUCGAGCAAGUUGCAGGCAUGGAACAAGAAAGAGAUGACUGGUGCCACAGUGAUGCCACAGCUCUUAAUGCUCUACUCACAGAGCUGUCGAUUAUCGGAAAAGACCGCUUGGCAAAUGACAACGCUGUUAGAGUCGGACACUGAAAACAAGACUGUUCUCAUAACAGAGAAGAACAUGUGCGGUGUACGGCAGAAAAAGUAUUUUGUUUCUCUUAAUAAACGUAAGUGUAGUUGCAAAGACUACUACAUUCCUUGUGACUAUCCCACCUGUUUGAGAGGGUUACAGCUUAUAAACAACGAUCAUGAGCUGAGAAACAAUGAGCUGUAUUUGUUUCAUAUCACGCUGCAGCAAAUCCUAUCCAAGAGGGUUUCCCAAGUAAAAUGUCCCUUUGUACUAGUUCCAUUUGAUGACAAGAAACCAAAUGCUGUAGAUGCUAUAGUGAAGGAAGUGACUAAGCUAUGGCGAGAAGACAAAAUACUGGAGGUUGGAGAACCGGAGUGGCUGAAAAUGUCUGCUUCACUGCAUGGUAAAGAGUUAACAUUUCAAAGUUGGAUGCCUAUAGGCAUUUUGCUUGCGCAGCGAUGGGCAGACCUGUAUUUCAGAAAUUAUGGCCCAGAGUUGAGGAAAACUGUCACAAACUUCCUUAGCACGCGGCACAAGGCUAAGGUCCUUCUUGACGAUGAUGAUGACGAUGAUGAUGAUAAUAGUGGUUACAAUAUUUAUGAAACUAGUUACUCUGAAAGGGUUUACCAAGGCGAUGGUGAUACAAAAAUUGACGCUAGUAAAAUGGACUGGCAGGCAAGCAGUACCGAUUCUUUUCCGGUAAGAAAACUCCUAGUGCUGUUGCCCAGGACGUGCAAAACGUUCGAUUGUGUAUCUGACGAUGAGAAAUCAGUUGUAGCUGAGAAAGACAUGGAUCACUUUCCUGAUAGCACAAAAGGCAUAGGUGAACGGCUAGUAGGGAAAAGCACAGUUUACAAGCUAGAAAGUAAAUUUUUCCUUGCAGAGUACGCAACCCCACUGCGUUGCCUGCGCCUCAUGAUGGAGGAUGGUAUAAUUACAAAGGAGUUAAUGUAUGAUUUCUAUGGCCAGUUUUGUAGCCACUUAGAAUUAUGGUUGCAAAGAUAUCGAUCAUUAAAAGACAGUUUCAUCCUUGUGCGGUAUGAUGAUACAG